GGGGCAACUUAGUGGUGUUGGGGCUUGAACCAGCAGAAUAAAAGUUGUUUUGUGAGGUUUUUAUACUGAGAUAAGAUAAGAAAAACUGCUUUCUUGGCUUUACUGUUUGUUUUUACUUCGAUCAGGGACACAAGAGGAAUGAACUGCAUGUUUACACUCGAGGCUUCAGAACUGAACAGAACAGAAGAGGGAAAUUCCACAUUUCUUCAUGUUCACUUUCUCUUUCAUUUUGAGAUUGUUCUCGUGUUUUCUGGUUUUCUGGUUCUCAGCACUUCCUCAGACUCACUCACACUAAACCCACCUCACAUCAGGCGCUGAAGGUUCAGAGUCGUUUCACUGCAGAGAAGCAGAAGUUCAGCUCUUCAUCAUGGGAUCUCUGGUGGUUUUUUACAUGUCACUUCUAGCCUGCAUUUUUGGAGAUGUCAUGAAGAUUGACACCACCGGAGCCUCGGCACAGACGGCCCGCCAAGACAAACUGACCGUAACAGGUGUGGCGGCGUCGAACAAGCUGGCCGAGCACGACCUGCAGAGGAUGGCGCAGUACAAGGACCUCAUCGUCAAGGUCGGGCAAGCCAAGCAGAUGGACCCGGCGGUGAUCGGCGCCAUCAUCUCCAGAGAGUCCAGGGCUGGAGCCGCGCUGGUGGACGGCUGGGGCGACCACGGGAAAGCCUUCGGCCUCAUGCAGAUCGACAAGCGUUACCACACCCCUCGAGGAACCUGGAACAGCGAGGAGCACCUCACACAGGGCACCGAGAUCCUGAUCGACCUCAUACGGGCAAUUCAGCGGAAAUUCCCCUCCUGGCCCAAGGAGCACCAGUUCAAAGGUGGAAUCUCGGCCUACAACGCCGGCGUGGGAAACGUCCGCACCUAUGAAAACAUGGACGUCGGGACCACAGGGAACGAUUACGCCAACGACGUGGUGGCCAGAGCCCAGUGGUACAAACGCAACGGGUAUUAAGGAAACGCCCGCGGACGCCGCGUAGCAUCGUGUGAUGAUGUGGGCGGUGGUUUGAGGAACGUACGUUUUCCGCCAUGAGCUGCUGAUGCUUUAGCUUGCUAAAAUUACGCAAAUACACUAUAUGGACAAAAGUAUUGGGACGCCCCUCCUAAUUAUUGAGUUCACAGAUGCAUGAAAUCAAGUCUGUUUAGGGAAGGACGCUUGCCUGAGAACCACUGGCAUGAUUUGGAAUCUUCAACAUGAGUGCCUCAUCUCAGGUAUUCUGUCCACUGAAGAGGCACAAAUUCCAACAGGCACACUCCAAAGUCUUGUGGAAAACCUUCUCCAAAUAAAUAAAGGCUGUCGUUUCCUUAAAAAAGAGGGUGUUUGGGCACUCAGGGGGCGCAGCUGUAAAACCUACACACCUAUACGGACAACACUUGGCUUGUUCGUAGUGAUUCUUCAUAACUGCUGCAGUUACGCCCUCUGCUGGCUUAUUGAGGCGCUGCACAGACGGGGGAUAACGGAGAUUUGCGCGUGACUCUCCGUGCGUGAUACGGAUCUCUGUAUGACCCCGUCUGAUGCAGGUGAAAAGAAGCGGUCUGUACCAGUUACAUCUGCAGCAGUAGAGAUGAAGCAAAAUGAAAAUAGGGAGUUGGAUACGACUAAAUUGGCAGGAAAUUGGGGGAAUAAGAGGAUGUUAGGAGUGUCCGGAUACUUUUGGUCGUGUAGUGUUUAUAUGAUCAUGGAUCAUCGUACUAAACAGGAUAAUUCAGCUGUAUUAGAGCUGCGUUUGCGCCUCCUACUGAUUAUUAAAAAUACGUUUUAUUUUUUACGCUUUAUGAUCAUUUUUAGAAUUUCUGGCAUUAAAAUUUCUCUUUCAAAACUCA